AUGCACCCACUUCAGAUCGACAAAAUUGGAACUUCGCGGCUGGGUCACGUGAGUUUGCCACCAUGUGUGCAAUUCUCUGUGUUCCAGCAUUGUGUCGAUGUCGCGAAGCGUCUGAGCACUUACGAAGCGAAGGCCACCGGCUGCAUUCUCGUUCUGGCGGAUGCAGCAAAUCUUCCAGCAUACCGACGGCUUUCGACCACCAGUUCAAGUCUUUGCCACAAAAAGAUCACGGACCACCAGCAUGAAGGCUCCCUGCAGGAGGCGUUUGCGGCAGAUGGUGGCAUUUUGAUUGACGGCCGAAGUGGUGAGAUUUUAGAAACAAAGGUCAAGUUUACCACGGGGGUGACUGAGUUUAACCUCGUUUUGGACGGGUAUGGAACGCGACACCACGAGGCUCUGGAUGUUGCAUGUGGUGCCAGGUGCGUCGCCAUCACACGAUCUCAAGACGGUCAUGUGACCGUUUUCUCGUCGGAGCAUAUACAGACUUCGCCAGACAAGGCACGGUGCUUUCGUGUGCAUGAUGAACCAGACGAGAAUUGGCAACUCACAGUUGUAAUGCAGCGGAUCGCUCUUGUGCGUUUCGAUGAUAAUGGAAAGAUGGACUUUCUGAUGCAAGCGUCUGAUGCGCUGAGGUCACUGAAAGCACCGCUGCAAGUUGUUGCGUUUGUCGGACCCGGACGGACAGGCAAGUCUACCCUGGCAGGGAGCGUUGUUGGCAACAGUUCGCUCUUCCCGGCCCCGGAUGUAUUGGAUGCCGUCACUCAAGGUAUUGAUGCUGUUGCUGUUCAGAAUCCUCGCAACAAUGGCACCUUGUUAGUCUUGGACAGCGAGGGCUUCGACAAUGUACUAGCAAAAUCAAGACCAGAGGUGGCAACACUAUGUUUGCUUCUUUGCAGCCAGAUUGUGUGUGUGGACUAUGACCGUCUCGACGACAGGCAGAUGACCAGCUUGGCCAGGCUGAGUGCGUGCCGAGAGGUAUUGAUGCCAAGUGGCGCUGCGGCAGCCAACAACUUGGACCCACAGCCGCCAGAGCUCGUGGUUGUGGUGAAUGGAAGCCGGUUUCAUGGUCAAUAUGCAGUGCAGGGUUCUGAGAUAUUCGAAAAGGCACUGUCCUCAGAUGAAGAAAACGCAGAACGCAACGCCUGUCGUGAAGCUGUGCGAAAACAUUUCCCGCGCCGCUAUUUUGCAUCUUUGCCAAUUUCGGCUGCCAAAGACCUCGACAUGCACAUCCGCCCAUUGCAACAUCUUGUGCUGCAAGCUCCUCCGCUGCGUACUGCAGACAUCGGCGUGCUCGAAGACUAUGAACCAGCAUAUUUUGAUGGAAACAUGUUUCAUGACCUUUUGCGCCGGUCUGUGGAACUGAUAAACAACGGAGACUGCAUCAGGCCGCGGGACGUUUACCAGAGUAUUUUGCACGACCGCGAAGAAAGGUGCAUACAGCAAGCCCUUAGCAUCUACCAGAGCCAAUUGCCGGUAGAUGGUCCUUAUCGACCAAAACUGUCAUAUCAACCACAUGCGGCCAUGCAAGCGGUCAAUGCCGCAUGCUUGACAACAGAAGCGAGAGAACGGCUUGAGAAGGUUCUCAGAGCAUAUUAUGAUGAAGUAGAGAGGGCGAAUCAUGAAAAAGGUCAAGCUGAGACUGGCGAGUGCUGGGAGGAAAUCCAAGCGGUCCCUCACAAGACAUGGUUUGAGCCGGCCAGGGAAUCACAGUGGUUGCAGCUGGCCAUCAAAUGCGUUUUGGCCGCUGUCUCCGCUUCAGUACCGGGAUAUAAGUGCACGGCUUUGUAUUUGCUUCUUGCUGCCGCAGUUGUGAGGGCUUCGGGCGGAGAACUUCAGAACCUCAAAAUUGAGGUAUAUGAAGUCAAGAAGCGGACGGUCAGGCCCAGAGUGAACGGAGACGAAGUUAGAGGAGAGUGGGUGCAUGUCCGAUACGGAAGAACAGCAGAGUUGGUGGACAGUGCUCCCCCAGCAUCGAGAUUGUAG